AUGAAUAACAAAGGCAACAUUAUUAUUGUAGAUGGUGAUAAUGAAUCGUUGUCAACUACAUUAAAUGAUCAGGAUAUCAAUAAUGAUCCUAAACAUUGGUCAAUAUUUAGAAAACGUAUUAUACUUUUAGUGAUUUCUUUUACUGCAAUGACUUCUCCAAUAUCUAGUUCUAUUUUGUAUCCUGUAUUAAUAAAAUUACAUACAGAAUUUAAUGUGUCUGAUAUUCAGGUUAACGCAUUAGUUUCAGUUUAUGUGUAUGUUAUGGGAAUUGCG